ACACACAACCAAAUCAACACUUAUAAUACUCCGUAUAACUUAAACAUUCAACAAACAUGGAAUUGAAAAUAGACAUAUUUAAAUAUUGGAAGUCAAAUUCAUCAAUUUAGGGAAUUAAUAAAUUUAAUAUCCUAUUUAAAAGAACAUAGAAUUGAAAGGGGAAAAAUGCUCCCUGGGUUCUCCCUUUUUCGCUGCCAGAAGAAAGCCCAAGCCGUCCGCCGUUGUUCCAUCGUUCCAGUCAUCGCCGGAAUGAAACUGUUGUUGUCGCCACCAUCGCCGGAGCAUUCAUCGGCUUUCUGCAGUUGUUCCGUUUGCCCACACCGGACCUAGGGUCGGAACCCUAGGCCGGCUCUUUUCCAUUCUCUCUCUGCCCGUGUCUCUAUCCGUCUGGUAUCUGCCCCCCUGAUUGUGUGACUUUUGUCUCCCUUUUAUACGGAGUAUUAAAAGUUUUGAAGAGGUUUAAUCAAAUAGGAGUAGAUCUGUUUCUUCCGCUAGUCUUCUCCUGUUGGCGAAGAUUUCAUAGCUAACAUGCCUUCCGUCUUUUUAUUUUGUUUUGAUCUUCUUUGUCACUUGCUUUAUCAUUGAAUGAUUGGGCUUGGCCCAAUCCUUUUCUUCCUUUCCUUUUGAGCUCCAAAAACAAAAAACUGAUGGUAGGUACCCUGUAUUUUGAAAUAAAAACUGCCAGAUACCUCUAAUUUUUAAAAUAUACUACGAGAAGUAAAUUAAAUCGGAUUCAUUUUAAUUAAAAGUUUGAAUAUUUAAUACGGAGUACAUGGAAACAAGGGAGUUGGUGAUUAAUUUCGUACAAAGUGUCAAACCCACCAAAAAAAACCCAAACAAAGUGACAUAUAUAAAAUAUAAAUAGAGAAAAGGGAUCCCCAAAAUCUUGCAAGCAAGCUAGCCAAGCCCUCCCUCCAUACAUACAAAAUGAUGGCCUCAAUAACGAACUAUCCCUCUCCUGCCCAAAUUGUGGAGUCCAAAGACACACAAGAAGUGAUAGUAGUGAUCGUACCAUUUCUUGCACAAAGCCACAUUAAUCUUCUUUUCCACAUGUCCCGCCUCGUUGCCUCCUACGAUUUGCCCGUUUAUUUUCUCGGUUUUAGCAUCGACAUUGUCACAGCCAAACAACGUAUCCAAGGUUGGAACCCGACCGACUACCCGACCCUUCGGUUCCAUGAGUUCCCCUCGCCCCCGUCUUACCAAUCCAACACCAACCCCACACGUGAGUUCGGGUCGUUCACGGACUUGUUAGCUAACACGAUGAAAGCGGCCGUGGAUUUACGCGGCCCCAUCAGAGAGCUCCUAUGGGAGCUCUCGGGCAAAUGCCGAAGGCUCGUGGUGGUUGGUGACGCUCUGAUGGCCACGGCUAUACAGGACGUCACUUCCAUACCGAAUGCUGAGGCUUACAACUUCUAUGUUGGGUCGGCCUUCCACGAUGCCUCAAUCAUCUGGGAAGCCUCCCGUAGAGUGCUUCACAUCCCGCCUUUCCUCUGGAAGCUCAUCGGGAAGCUUGUUCUCCCUUCGGGUGCAGUGAUCCCGGACGGUCUUCCGACCACACAAAGCUGCUUCCCGGCAAAUUUCUUGAAGUUCAUAGUCGACCAACGAGCCAACCACAAGUUCUUCAAGGGUCAUCUGUUCGACGCUUGCAGAGCCAUAGAAAGCCCGUACCUCGACCUACUUCGAAGGUGCUAUAGGCUACUCAGAAGAGGAAACGUGUGGGGGAUCGGUCCGUUAAACCCGGUCGUCACCCAAUCAGAAAUAAGCAAUAAUAAUUCCACAGACCGUCACAGCAGCCUUGGGUGGCUGGACAUGCAGCCACCCAAGUCUGUUAUUUUUGUCUCCUUCGGGACUCUAACCGUCCUGUCCGACGACCAGCUCCACGAGCUAGCCGUAGGGUUGGAACAGAGUGGCCAGAGGUAUAUCUGGGCGGUGAAAGACGUGCUGAAAGGAGCGAAAGGAUGGAUCGGGUUGCCCGAAGGAUACGAGGAGAGAGUCAAAGGGAGAGGGCUCAUCCUCCGGGACUGGGUCCCGCAGCUCGAGAUCCUGGACCAUUGGUCGACGGGCGGGUUCUUGACGCACUGCGGGUGGAACUCGUGCAUGGAGAGCAUAUGCAGGGGAGUGCCAAUGGCGACGUGGCCAAUCCAGUACGACCAGGCCAGGAACGCCGUCCUGAUGACGGAGGUGCUAAAGAUCGGGAUUGCCGUGAAAGAUUGGGAACGGAGGGAGGAGGUGAUAACCGCGGCGGCGAUUGAAGCGGCGGUCCGGAGAUUGAUAGGGUCGGCGGAAGGAGAGGAGUUGAGAGUAAAGGCGAGAGAGAUGGGGAGAGCCGUAAAGCAGUCCGUGAUGGAAGGGGGCGUUUCUCGCGUGGAGAUGGAUACUUUUAUUGCUCAUAUUACCAGAAAAUGUUGAUGGAGAGGUGCAUUGAAAUAAAUACCUCAAGUCUUUUUUUCUAAAAUGCACUUUCUCAUCUUUGUAAUUGAUUUAAAAUAUUUUUAUUCUAAGUGAUUAGUGAGUUCUGU